ACCAAACGCAGCAGCGAAAUCUCCUAGAAAGCGAGUCUCUCUCUUCUCUCCCUUCUCUCUCUUCGUUUCACAGAGUCAGCGAAAACAAACAAACAAACAAUUGGAACGCGAAACACAGCAACACCAUCCACACCACACCUUUGAAUUCAACUUAGAAAGCGACAACGACCAUGUUUCAGGAGAGCAGCGCCACGCGGUGGCCGACUCAGCCACUUCACCCGACUCAGUGGACACGCUACCACGACAAGCUCUUCGAGCGAGCCCUCUUGAUCGUGCCGGAGGACCAGCCCGACCGGUGGGAGAAGAUCGCCGAGCAGGUUCCCGGUAAGUCGGCGGCGGAGGUCAGGGAACACUACGAGGCUUUGGUUCACGACGUCUUCGAGAUCGACUCGGGCCGAGUCGAGGUGCCGAGUUACGUUGAUGACUCGGCGGUGUCCAGUGGCGGCGUGUCUUCGUGGGACUCUUCAAAUCAGAUCUCAUUUGGGUCCAAACCCAGGCAUGGCGACAACGAAAGGAAGAAAGGAACGCCUUGGACUGAAGAAGAACACAGGCUGUUCCUAAUUGGGCUAAGUAAAUUUGGCAAAGGAGAUUGGAGAAGCAUAUCAAGAAAUGUUGUUGUGACAAGAACACCGACUCAAGUAGCUAGUCAUGCCCAAAAGUACUUCCUUCGCCAAAAUUCAGUGAAGAAAGAGAGGAAAAGGUCAAGCAUUCAUGACAUAACCACUGUGGAUAGUAACUCCGUGCCUGUGCCCAUUGAUCAGAAUUGGGUUCCUCCUCCGGGUGGUUCGGUGCAGCAGUCACGAGAGAUGCAGCAGUAUCCAUCAAAUAACUUGCAUGACCAAAUGGGUAGAUUUGGUUACUCAAAUUAUGGCUUUGAAAUGUAAAGAAUGCUAAGAACCGCAUGUUCUGUAUAUAGUGAUGUACCUGUGAUUCAUCUGUUCUUUGUAUAGUUUAUGGUUUUGAUAGCUGAUAGAGUUAUUAGGAGUAAUGCUAAUUGAAUGUAUUAGUGUAGGUUUUGUUUUAUUUUGUUUGUGAAUCACAUAUAUGAACUAGUGAGGAGGGGUGGUAGUGAAAAACAAAUAGGGAACUUUUAGAAAUGAAUUCAAAUAGUAAUGGAAAUUCUUUGUCUGUGUCUAAUC